CUCCUAGCAAAUGCUUAUAAAUACAUGAGAGAGAGAGGCCAUUGUUGAAAGCAAAAGUAAUACUACUAUUUGAAAGAAAAUGAAUUAAAACUAUACUCUUAUUGUCUUUCCAAAGGUAUCUUUUGUAGGAAAAAUAUGAAGAAAGAUUGGUGUAAGAGACAAUGGUGUUUUAUUCUUGGAUUAUUGGGAAUUGUUCUUCUGGUAUUUCUGCUAAUUGAAUGUUUAAGAACAAGGAGAAAUAUUCAGAAGAGCAUCAAUUUGGACAUGCAAUUCUACCCUCCAGUACAAUUAAUUAGACUAAAAAAUCAUGUGUUGGUUGAUAAUGGAAUAUUGAACAUCACAUUUUCUUGUCCAGAGGGAAUGAUUACUAGUAUACAAUAUAAUGGCAUUGAUAAUUUGUUGGAAAAUAAAAAUAAAGAAAAUAAUAGAGGAUAUUGGGAUAUUGUUUGGAAAAAAGCAGAAAAAUCAGGAAACAUCUAUGACAAACUUGAAGGGACAAAGUUUGAAAUUAUAUUGCAAGAUGAAAAUCAAGUAGAGCUUUCAUUCAAAAGGAUUUGGAAGACAUUAAAUUCUUCAAGUCUUUCUAUGAAUAUUGACAAAAGGUGAAGUGUAAGUCUUUAAUCCUUGCCUUAAUUACCACUAAUAUGUUUCAUUUUUUUAAAAUUUUUUUUGGUGACUUUAUUUUUUAAUGAUUGAUCACAUUAUUUUUUUUCCAAAUAGAAAACCAUAAAGAUUAAUUAAAGUUGGGCAAACAACAUAAAUCACGACGAUUUGAAGCUUAAUUACAGCAAAUAUCAACAUUUUUUUUAACUGCUGAAAAUCUUGAUU